AUGAAUAGAACCCGUCAGCAGAUGGAAAUUGGAAGACAACAUGAUGACAAGGGGCUGAUGUUCUUGUUACCUGCUCUUAACCCACUCACCUCUCGCCAUGCAGUUGAUUACCUGGUUCCUUCUGGUUCGGGUCCCAAUGCUGAACCCAAAGUUACCCAACUUGACUUGAAAUACAAGUACUCUCCUGAAACUCCAUGGGCUCCUAUUCAUGAAGUCGUCGAGGACAGGAUUGAUAGGAUCAAAAGAUAUUACUGGAAUGUAUGGGAUCUUGGAACAGAGGAAGAGUACGAGAACCUGCCGACUGCUCCUAGUGCUAUCUUUAAUGGACCUAAGGUCGAUAUUUCGGCGGAGGACAUCGUAUCAUUUUCCACCAUCGUUGGCAACGACUCGGAUGCUUACCGCUCGUCUGGUCCCAACUCCGAGGUCCCCAUGGAUUUUGGUAUCAAAUUGGGAUGGAAAGCCAUCAUGAAGCCCCUUUUCCCCAAAUCGAUCCCAGGGGAUUUGCUUGCCCUAGUGCAUUCGAGCAACCAAUUUGAUAUGAGAGAUCGAGCCCCAAGACUCAAAGUCGGUGAUACAGUCACAAGUGAAGCCAAGAUCGCUAGCAUCACCAAUAGCGAGACUGGUAAGACGGUGGCAGUCAAGGGGACGGUGUUCCUACUUAAGGAUGGCGAGAAAACUCCCGUCAUGGAUGUCAUUUCCUCGUUCUUCUACCGUGGCCGAUUCGACGACUUUGAUGCAACCUUCAUGUCUGAAGACGAUCCGGAAUACAAAGUUACGAUGAACUCGACUACCGAUAUCUCUGUCUUGAAAUCAAAGGACUGGUUCGAUUGGAAGGAUGAAAACGUGAAACUCGCUCCUGGCCAAACUCUUACCUUUCAAACCUCAUCCUCCUACCGAUACAAGGAGAAGGGAGUAUAUGCUUCAGUGGAAGUCGAAGGCUCGGCAUAUCUCACUGGAAUCGGGUCCGAUCCCAACAAACUCAUCCAAGUCGCCAUCAUCUCUUACAUUUCAGCCACUCCAUCCAAAGGUAAUCCCGUCCUCGAGUACCUCAAACGAUCCGGUAAACCUGUUGGGCAACAUAUUCUUUUCCCCACCGGUGGUUACCUCAUCAAGGACGAAAACAAUAUCAGUGAAACCAAAACUCCUACGAACAAUCUACCAUAUUCACAGGCCAGUGCGGAUUGGAACCCGAUUCAUUGCAACCCUUACUUUGCCAAUUUAGCCUCCCUCCCUGGCACGAUCACUCAUGGAAUGUGGUCUAGCGCUGCCACUCGAAGUGUUGUCGAGAGGGUUGCCGCGGAAGGACAUGGCGCGCGGGUCAAGAGCUACGAUGUCUCUUUCACCGGCAUGCUUCUGCCUAAUACGACUCUCAAGAUCGAGCUCAAGCACAUUGGACAAACCUCGAAGGGCUACAAACUCAUCUCUGUCACCACCUACGCUCUCCCUGGCGAAUCAUCCUCUUCCGCCGAACCUACAAAAGUGCUUGUUGGUACUGCAGAAGUCGCGCCAGCUUCGACCGGUUACGUUUUCACUGGGCAGGGAAGUCAGGAGCCUGGAAUGGGUAUGGCUCUUUACAAUGAAUCGGCGGUUGCCCGAGCGGUCUGGGACGAAGCCGACAGGCAUUUGGGCGAAGUGUAUGGAUUCAGUAUCCUUGAGAUCGUCCGCAACAACCCUAAAGAAAAGAUUGUACAUUUUGGCGGGAUCAAAGGACACGGGAUUCGACAGCGUUACAUGGAAAUGUCGUAUCAAACGACUGACAAAGAUGGAAACGUCAAAACCCUUCCUUUGUUUGGGGAUAUUGACCUUCGCACAUCUCGCUACACCUUCUCCUCCCCAACUUGUCUAUUGUAUGCCACCCAAUUCGCACAGAUCGCCUUGGUAGUGACUGAAAAAGCGGCAUUUGAGGAUCUCCGCGAGAAGGGACUAGUCCAGGAGGGUGCACCUUUCGCUGGCCACAGUCUCGGAGAGUAUUCUGCCCUGGCCAGUAUUGCUGGCGUCUUGCCCAUUUCAUCCCUCGUCGAUGUUGUCUUUUUCCCAGGAAUCACGAUGCAACGGGCUGUUGAAAGAGACGAGAAGAACCGCUCGAAGUAUGCGAUGGCCGCCAUUAAUCCCAGCAGGAUCGGCAAGAGCUUCAGUGAUGCAGCCCUGCGUGAAGUCGUCGAUACAAUCUCCAAACGAUGCCAGGUUUUGCUAGAAAUCGUCAACUUUAAUGUCGAAGGCCAACAAUAUGUCACCGCCGGGGAGCUUGUUGCGUUGCAAACUCUUACCAACGUCUUAAAUUUCUUGAAGUGCCACAAGGAGUCUCUACUCAAAGAAGAAAAGCAGGGAUUCAUUGUUCUUGAGCGCGGAUUUGCUUCGAUUCCUCUUCCGGGCAUUGACGUUCCAUUCCACUCACGUUAUCUGUGGGCCAGUGUCAUGCCGUUCAGGGCAUACCUCUCCAAAAAGUUGAACCCAGCUCACAUGAACCCUGAGCUGCUUAUCGACAAAUACAUUCCCAAUUUGACCGCCGAACCUUUCCAAAUCUCCGAAGCCUACGCUGAACGGAUUUACCAACAGACCAACUCCCCAAGGCUAGAGAAAACGUUGAAAAACUGGGUCGAAGAUGGCUGGGAUCUUCCCGAAAACCGAAGCAAGCUUGGUUAUGUGAUCAUUGUCGAGCUUCUUGCUUAUCAAUUUGCAUCACCCGUUCUCUGGAUUCAAACUCAAGACCAAUUGUUUUCCCAUCAGAAGUAUAACAUCGAGCGUCUCAUCGAAUUCGGUCCCUCUCCAACCCUUACCGGCAUGGCUUCUCGUACCUUGAAACUGAAGUAUGACCAGCAAGACACAGCUCACAACAUGUCCCGAGAAAUCCUCUGCAUUUCUAAAAACAUCAAGGAAAUCUACUAUCAAUACGAAGACGAAGUCGAAACGGAGGCUGCCCCUGCAGCAGUCAGCGAACCCACUGCCGUUUCUCCUGCCGCCGUCGCCGUCGCUGCCCCCGUUGCUGCCUCUGGACCUGUUGCUGCUGUUGCUGACGAGCCACUGAAGGCUGUUGAGACUCUGCGCGUGUUGGUUGCCCAGGGCUUGAAGAAACCUUUGAAUGAUGUACCUCUUUCUAAGGCCAUCAAGGACUUGGCUGAAUUUGGCUCGGCACCAGACAAAGCAGAGGAAAUGCCAUUGGGUGAACUGGGUUCUGCGCUUCAAUCGAGCUAUAGUGGUACUAUGGGCAAGCACACGAGUGCCCUGGUAUCGCGACUCACAGGGAGCAAGAUGCCCGGAGGUUUCGGAAUGUCGGGUGUCAAGAGCCACCUCUCUAAGUCUUGGGGUUUAGGCCCUGGUAGAACGGAAGGUGUUCUCCUGAUGGCAUUGACCAUGGAACCACCCAAGCGAUUGGGCUCUGAAGGGGAUGCCAAAUCAUAUCUUGAUUCCGUCGUCCAGGCUUAUGGUCAACAUUCUGUCCUGGCCCUAUCUCAAGGCGGCCCUGCCGGUGCAGCUGGCGGCAGCGCCGGCGGUGCUAUGAUCAACUCGGAGGAAUUCGAAAAAUUCCAACAAAGUCAAGACGCCUUCGUAUCCCAGCAACUCGAAGUCUUGUUGAGAUACUUGAAAAGAGAUUCACGAGAUGGCUACAGACUGCAUGACCUCAAACAUGCCGAUUACAUGCGGGUUCAAGACGAAUUAGAUGGUAUCCAGAAAGAACACGGUGAAAACUAUCUCAAAGGGAUCCAGCCAGUCUUCGAUCCUUUGAAGGCCCGACACUUCGACUCUGCAUGGAAUUGGGUUCGACAAACAGCGCUGGAGAUGUUCUUUGACAUUAUCUACGGUCGGUUGAAGACUGUUGACCGUGAUAUCACCGCAAAAUGCUUGGUCAUCAUGAAUCGAGCGAAUCCUGCUUUGAUCGAUUACAUGCAAUAUUAUCUCGACCAUACUGAUUCCAGCAAAGGCGAGCGAUACCGUCUCGCGAAGGAGUUUGGACAGAUGCUUUUGAGCAAUUGCCGGGAAGCUGUUGGUACCGCUCCGUUGUACCGAGAUGUUACCUUUCCAACGGCACCAAAGACUACCGUUACUUUGAAAUGUGAAAUCGUCUAUGAGGAAGUCAAUCGUGUUGGGGUUUCUCGACUUGAGCGCUAUGUAGCCGAGAUGGCAGCCGGAUCGAAGAUUACCGCUGAGAUGAACUUGGACAAGGUCCAGGAAUCUAUUCAGAAUCCGUACAAACUCGUCAAGUCUCAACCGACCAUCGCCAAGUCCCAGAUGGCAGCAAUCCGAUCACUGUACGGAGAGGUUGUUAAAGGUCUAUCUCCCCACGAGCGCAAUCGUGCUGCUAACGGACCUAGAAGUCGCCGACCUUCCAGUCAAUUCUUGAGACCAGUUCAAGUUGAGCCAACUGCUCUCUCUGGUGACAAGACCCCAUUGUUACAUCUCAAGCGUAAAGUGGGAAGCAACUGGGUUUACAGCAGCAAAGUCACCACUCUAUAUCUGGACGUUUUAACCGAGAUUGCGUCCGCGAGGACCACAUUCGAACACAAGAAUGCAUUGUUGACUCGUGUCGGCAAGGCUAGUAUCGGUGUGGAGAUCUUGAAGGGACGGUGGAAUACUACCAGGCUAUUUACCAAGAAGUUGGAUCGCGCGGUAGUCGACUCACAGUCGUUCCAUUCAACCAGGGAUCCCAAGCAAGAUGUUGAAGCCCUGGUUGACUACAUUUACUCAACCGAUAAGGACAAGGGACUAGCCAUGGACCUCGAUUAUAUCUUACCCUUCGCAGCGAUUCCAGAAAACGGCCGAGAAAUCGAUGGUUUGGAUGACAGAUCCGAACUUGCCCAUCGAGUGAUGUUGACCAACUUGUUGCGAUUGAUGGGUGAAGUCAAGAAGAAAAAGCAUGCACUCAAACUUGUCACUCGUCCUACCCAAGUGGUACUGCCUUUGUCGCCCAACCACGGUAACUUUGGGAAUGUCGGUCUCUAUUCCGAGUCCAAAAUCUCGUUGGAGACUUUGUUUAAUCGAUGGUCUUCUGAGUCCUGGGGCGAGUACUUGUGCCUGGCAGGGGCUGUAAUUGGCUGGACUCGUGGUACCGGUUUGAUGUCGGCCAACAAUUUGAUAGCCGAGGGUGUCGAAACACAUGGUGUCCGCACUUUCUCUGCCAAGGAAAUGGCUUUCAACAUUCUUGGUUUGAUGCAUCCGUUACUCUUUGAUGUGGCCCAAGUUGAGUCCGUAUGGGCAGACUUGAACGGAGGCAUGGACAAACUACCUGACUUGGCCGAAAUCAGUAUGAAAGUUCGUCAGGAGCUCAACGAAGUUGCUAAUGUCCGCUCGAAGAUCAGUAUCGACAACACCAUUGAUUUCAAGGUUGUGCAUGGUGUCGAAGCCGAGGCGAUCCAUCACCCGGUCAAAAUUUCACCACGUGCCAACUUCACUUUACCGAUGCCUAAGCUGCGUCCUAACUUCAACGAUGAAGCAAACAUGACCUUGCUUCGGGGCAUGCUAGACCUGGACAAGGUUAUUGUUGUCGCCGGUUACGCUGAAGUUGGGCCAUUUGGUAGCUCUCGAACUAGGUGGCAAAUGGAAGCUAAAGGCGAAUUCAGCAUCGAAGGCUUACUCAAAUUGGCUACAAUCACCGGUCUGAUCAAAUUUGUCGAUGGCAAACUGAAGAAUGGUAAACAGUACGUCGGUUGGGUAGAUGCUCAGACGGAAGAGCCCGUCGAUGACUCCCAAGUCAAAUCGAAGUAUGAAGCUCAAAUCAUGGCGCAUACCGGAGUUCGAUUUAUCGAGCCUGAGCUUUUCAGAGGCUACGACCCUAAGCGUAAAGGAUAUACCCAAGAAAUCGAGCUGAACCACGACUUGGAAGCUAUUGAAACCUCCCGUGCCGAUGCCGACAAGUUCAAAUUACAGCAUGGCGACAAGGUUGACGUCUGGCUGGAUGGCGACAAGUGCUUCAUCCGUUUCAAGAAAAACGCCAAGAUUAUGAUUCCUAAAGCCGUCAGAUUCGACCGACUUGUAGCCGGUCAAAUUCCCACCGGCUGGGACGCUCGAGUCUUUGGUAUUCCGGACGACAUCAUCGCACAAGUCGAUCGAACCUCACUCUGGGCCCUUGUUUGCACUGCUGAAGCACUUAUGAUGGCUGGUAUUACCAAUCCAUAUGAACUGUACAAGUACAUUCAUCCUAGUCAAGUCGGUACAUCCCUCGGCUCGGGAAUGGGUGGAAUGAGCAGUUUAUCGAAAAUGUUCCGUGACAGACGCGAAGAAAAGGAUGUUCAAAAGGACAUUCUUCAAGAAACCUUCAUUCGCUGGCUGGUAUCAUCUAGCGGUCCCAUCAAAAUCCCAGUCGGGGCUUGUGCAACCGCAUUACAAUCAAUCGAAAUCGCAUGCGACACUAUUCACAGCGGAAAGGCUAAAGUGAUGAUUGCUGGUGGUUUCGACGACUUUGAUGAAGAAGGAAGUCUCGAAUUCGCAAACAUGCAAGCUACCAGCAAUACGGAAACAGAAUUGGCCGCCGGACGAGAACCGAAUGAAAUGUCUCGUCCAACCACUAGCACUCGUGCCGGAUUUAUGGAGUCUCAAGGAUGUGGUGUUCAGGUGCUUAUGUCUGCCAAGACUGCCAUCGAGAUCGGGGCCAGUAUCUAUGGCAUUGUAGCUUACACUGCCACUGCUACUGACAAAGCUGGUCGAAGUGUUCCUGCACCUGGGCGCGGUGUCCUUUCUACUGCCCGUGAAGCCCCCGGCAAAGUUCCGGCUCCAAUCCUAGACAUUGAGUGGAGAAAGCGUCAAUUGGCUUUCAGAAGAAUGCAGAUUUCGCAAUGGUUAGACAAUGAGGUCGACAUCUUUAAGAGCAUGGUUUCUAAUCUCGAGAAAGCUGGCCAACCAAUGCCCUCCGACGAGAUUGCCGAGAGGUAUGCUGCUAUCGAGAAAGAAGCAAAGCGUCAGGAGAAGGAAGCCCAAUCCACUUUUGGAAUGCCCAGUGGUGAUGACCCUGAGGUUGCUCCCCUGAGACGCGCUUUAGCGGUUUGGGGACUUAAUAUUGAUGAUAUCGGAGUGGCAUCGUUCCAUGGCACCAGCACCAAAGCAAAUGACAAAAACGAAAGUUCGGUCUAUAACCAGCAAUUCCAGCAUCUUGGUCGAUCGCGCGGUAACGCUGUCCCAGUGGUAGCACAGAAAUGGCUCACUGGUCAUCCCAAGGGUGGUGCGGCAGCAUGGAUGAUGUGCGGCGUUACGCAAGCUAUCCAGGACGGGAUCAUUCCCGGUAACCGGAACGCAGACAACAUUGGUCCUGAGUUGCAGGAGUUCGAAUUCUUGGUUUACCCAUCCAAGUCGAUCCAAACCGAUGGUAUCAAGGCUGGUCUCUUAACUUCGUUCGGAUUCGGUCAAGUGGGUGGUCAGGUGCUGGUCGUCCAUCCAGAUUACUUGUUGGCAGCCAUCGAGCCCGCCGAAUACGAAUCUUAUAAAUCCAAGCGAUUUGUUCGCGAGCGCGCCAGUUACCGAAAGUUCAAUGACUUCUUGACCAAGCGUUCCCUGGUGAUCUUGAAAGAAACUCCUCCUUACAUGCCCGAACUGGAGCCUCAUGUACUUCUGAACCCUCUUGCACGAGCAUCGAAAGACUCGACUGGAUCUUAUGCUUACCCGAAGAAACCAGACCACUUACCGACCAAGGUGAACAUUGCCGCCAAGACAGCAUCGUUGGCGGCGACAAUCACUCAAAAGUACGAGAAUGAAGAUAGCGUGUUCGGUGUCGGGACGGAUGUCGAGAUGAUCACAGCCGUGCCCCAAUCUGACGUCUUCCUGGAGCGAAACUUCGCCGAGCAAGAGCUAGCUUACUGCCGCCAAUCGCCUGAUUUCAACGCGUCCCUCGCCGGCAAAUGGACCGCCAAGAAGGCCGCCUUCAAGGCCAUGAAGACCCUUAGCAAAGGCGCCGGCGCGGCCAUGAAAGAGAUCGAAAUCCUCUCCGGUCCCAAUGGCCCCGAAAUCAUAUUGACCGGCCAGGCGAGUAAGGUCGCGCACGAAAAAGGCAUAAAAAACUUCGAGCUGUCAAUCUCGCACUCGGAUGAAGUGGCCAUGGCCUUCGUCGUAGCUCGCCGUUAAACAUAUCCGGAUACAUUGGCCAAAUCUGUCUUGUUGCUCUUGUUAUUCCUUUUGGUUUUCUCUUUCUCUUUCCUGUACAUAAGCUGUAUAUGUUUUAUUACUCUUGUCAAACCACCUGCUCACUGAAAACUCCCACUCUUGAUUAAUUCAAUCCCU